UCAUCGCCUCUACCACCCACCACCACCGUUGUCUUCAACAACCCAUUCAGAGCAUCCCAUCAUUCAAUCUCUUUAUCUCAGCUGCUCUAUUCCAUACUCAGAAUGCUCUUUUAUCUUCUUUCAUAAUACCCUCCUCUCUCUCUCUCUCUCUCCACCUACCCCACAGACAUAAAAUCAUAUUCUUUCUACAUAAGCAUUAACUGGGGAAUCAUUUGGAGAAGACAUGUCAAAGAGUAAUAUCUUUAUCUGUGCUUUAGUAUUAGUAGUGGCUUUUGGGUUCCAAACAAGCACUUCACAGGUUCCAGAGAUUAGCAGGAGAAGUUUUCCCAAGGGUUUUGUUUUUGGGACUGCUUCUUCAGCUUACCAGUACGAAGGAGCCGUGAAAGAAGAUGGAAGGGGACCAACAGUGUGGGACACCUUUGCUCACUCAUUCGGUAAGAUUCUUGAUUUCAGCAAUGCUGAUGUUGCCGUUGAUCAAUACCACCGUUAUAAUGAAGAUAUUGAACUUAUGAAGGAUAUGGGAAUGGAUGCCUAUCGCUUCUCAAUUGCUUGGUCUCGGAUUUUCCCUAAUGGCAGUGGAGAAAUAAAUCAGGCUGGAAUUGACCACUACAAUAAUCUAAUCAAUGCUUUAUUGGCCAAAGGAAUUGAACCAUAUAUUACCCUUUAUCAUUGGGACCUUCCACAAGCUUUAGCAGACAAGUACAAUGGAUGGCUCCAUCCUCAAAUAAUAGAAGACUUCGCAAAUUAUGCAGAGACAUGCUUUAAGAAUUUUGGUGACCGUGUGAAGCACUGGAUUACAUUCAAUGAACCUCAUACAUUUUCAGUCCAAGGAUACGAUGUAGGCUUUCAGGCUCCUGGACGUUGUUCCAUCCUUUUUCAUCUAUUUUGCCGAGCAGGAAACUCAGCUACUGAACCUUAUAUAGUUGCUCACCAUAUUCUCCUUGCUCAUGCUACUGUUGCUGAUAUUUACCGGAAAAGAUACAAGCAUAAACAGCAUGGCUUAGUUGGGAUAUCAUUCGACGUCAUCUGGUUUGUACCAAUGAAGAAUUCUUCUGAGGAUGUUGAAGCAGCACAAAGAGCUCAGGAUUUUCAACUUGGCUGGUUUAUGGAUCCCUUGUUUUUUGGGGAUUACCCAAGCUCAAUGAAAAGUAGAGUAGGAACUCGUUUGCCUAAAUUUUCCACAGCGGAGGCAGCCCUGGUUAAAGGCUCUUUGGACUUUGUUGGAAUAAAUCACUACACCACUUACUAUGCACAGAACAAUUUUACCAAUCUUAUUGGUAUUCUGUUGAAUGAUAGUGUGGCGGAUUCUGGUACAGAUACACUUCCAUUCAAAGAUGGGAAAACAAUUGGAGAAAAGGCAUCUUCAAUAUGGCUGUACUCAUAUCCCCAAGGGAUGAGAAGUUUGAUGAAUUACAUAAAGCAGAAGUAUGGGAAUCCUCCAGUCUUUAUCACAGAAAAUGGGAUGGAUGACUCUAAUAACAUAUUCAUCUCUAUCAAAGAUGCUCUUAAGGAUGAGAAAAGGAUCAAAUACCACAGUGGUUACCUUUCAAACUUGUUAGCAGCUAUCAAGGAAGAUGGGUGUGAUGUGAGGGGGUAUUUUGUAUGGUCUUUGCUUGAUAAUUGGGAAUGGACUGCUGGCUACACAUCUAGAUUUGGCCUUUAUUUUGUGGACUACAGAAACAAUCUGACGCGGUAUCCCAAAGAUUCUGUCAAGUGGUUCAAAAAUUUAUUGGUUCCUUCGGCUUCGGAUGUCCUGCCUUCUUCCGGCCAUGAUUAUGAACUUUAAACGACCAGUAUGGGAAUUUGGAGAUCUUUGUAAUGUAUAAUUAUUUGUUCAGAAACCAUAGAUACUACAAUAAAAUACCAUAUAGUGGUGGUGGAACCAGGGACACUUAGGACGGUUCAUCCAUCGGCCGACCUGCUGUUGAAUAGCCACAGAAUUUGAAUCCGUCCCUGGACAUUUAUGAUUUCUUUGGUAUGAUUUAUAUUUGUAUUUAUUUUUUAUUUAUUGAAAAUAACUUUUAAAAUAUUUAU